GUUACUACCGGAGUAGUGAGCUGUGUGAACAUCAAUGACAUGGGCGGCCGGCAUCCAUCUGACUUUCUAUUACUACCAUGUCAAAUUUCGUUCCAUAUCAACAAAGCUAUGGAACCUAUCAACAACCUUAUCCUAUCGUGUACGCAACUGGUUCAGGACCGCCCCAGCUGCUUCAACCAGCGGUAGCGCAUUAUCCUCAUCGAUUCCCGCCGCCGCCAGCAGUGGCCUCAACUUAUCAGUUUCAUGUCCAGUCGCGCCAAUCGAGCGUGGCAGUCGCUGAGAUCAUACCAGAUAUCUCUCCAGAAAUAGCUUCCAAAGAAGUCCAACGGCUCAUCCUUGCCCAGCUACAGACCUCGGAAUAUGAUUCAAUCGAACCCCCGGCGUUGAAGAGACUAGAGAAAGAAGUCGUAGCGUUCAUUCAGAAUCUAUAUGAACGCGCCCACCAGUAUGCUAAUCUUGCCAAUCGUGCGAUACCGAUAGCAAAGGACAUGCUAAUGGCAUGCGAGGAGCGAGAUUUGAAAACAAAGGAUCUACGCACAGUCGCUGCAGAAUUUACAAAAGCUUCUGCUGAACCAGCCGAACCAAUUUUUGAAAUGCCAUCUUCGCGAUCGCAGUCGCCCGAACUCCUCCCUUCAGAUGACGAGAAUAUGCCGCCCGUUGUGCCAGGAACUCUACGCCGGCUUCCGACCCAUUUUCCUCCAUUGCCACCCAAGCAUACAUAUCUCAGAACGCCAGCCUCUCCUCCUAAAAAAGCUGCGCUUCCCUCACUCGAAAGGAAACUCAAGACUGCAGGGCUGGUUCAGGAGUCAUUGAAGAAUCUGCUCACAGCAACAGAGGAUAAUCUCGGGCAAGAAGAUGGCGAAUUGCUAGGUCAUAUUGUCAACUGGGAAACUUCUACGUACCCACGGAAACGCUGGAAAGUUUCGGCUUAACCAUUUGAUUUUGCAUAUACUUUGGCUUUAUAGUCCUUUUUUGUGCCAAUCGAAUCAUUUAACUGGGUGGUCUGGUCCUUGUCACGAGUCAUGACUGAUCUUACUCCACAUAUGACGUUAGACUAAAGA